AAUUAUAAGGUGUAAUUAAUUUAUUUUGAUGUCUGUUUCUUUUUGUUUUCAACAUAUUAAAAGUAAAAAACAGUAUAUAUCAUGGUGUAAUGAAGUGGCCUCAUCGUAUUAACAAAGGGGCAGUGACUCUUUCCUCAACCUCAACUGUGUGUCAGUGCGAUGGACAGUGACACUGACACAGAUUUGGAUACAUGGCUAGACGCAACAACGGUAUUGUUGGAAUCCAUACACAAAAAUGAUUGUCAGCCACACAGCAUUCCCAUUGUUCCGGAGGAACUUGGGAAAUGGAGCAAGAAAGAGUACGAGCCAAAGGUGGUGUCGAUCGGGCACCGGUUCAAGGGAAGAAAGGAACUUCUACCAAUGGAAGAGAUCAAGUUCCGUUGCAUGAUGCACCUUUUAAAUAGAACAGCAAGCAUUUUUCAAAACGAAAUUCUAAAAGACUGUAUGAGAGUCAUCUUGACGUUAGACGCAGCUGUUCGCACUAGCUAUGGGGAACAAAUCGAUUUGGACAGCUACAGUCUAGCCACCAUUGUGUUACACGGCGCGUGCUUUCUCUUAGAGCUUUUCAUUUCUCAAUCAGUGGAAUGGAAUUCAAAGCUACAACUCGAAUAUCACACACUCCCUCCUAGCCCAGCAGCUCAACUCGGGAAUAUCGAACUCAUCUUGAGCGAUCUCACCUUAUUAGAAAACCAGAUACCCUUUUUUCUUCUUCAUAACGUCUUCGCUGUAGUUUUUCCCCAUCUCGUUCUUCGUGACAAUUCGUUUAGCGGCAAGAUUUAUCUUAGUAUUACACAAGAUUUGGCGCUGUCUCUUUUUGGCUACUCUCGUGAUUCAAGUUCUAUCUCUAUUCCCGAUCCCAUUGAUGCCUCUCACAUUCUUCAACUUGUUCACUCCUUCAUUCUCAAUCCCCAAAGCCACCAUGGUUCAUGUGUUAUUGAUAUUGAAGUUAAUGUUAAUAAACAAAUAGAACCCAAAUUUUGUGCCACUAGGCUCUUAGCCGCCGCUGGGGUUACUAUAGUCAAAACUGAAGACAAUUCUAUUAUUCCAAAAUUCAGCAGCAGGAAUGGGGUGCUAGAAGUUCCUCCCUUGCAUAUCACUCAAACCAUGGAAGCAACGUGGCGAAAUUUUAUUGCUUGGGAGCUUCACACUACCAGGUGGAAAAAAAGUGUUGGAAGAGAUUUGUUCACUGUUCGGGCGUUGCUCUACAAUGAUUUGAUAUGCUGUGCAAGCGACGUUCAACUGCUUAAAAACAAGGGAAUCAUCGUAGAUGAGUUGGGUAUGAGUAAUCACCAUCUCAUGGAUCUUCUUCGUUCCAUCACAAAUGGAGUUGACCGUGCGCUUGUUGAUUCAACUUACUGGAACAUGAUUCAUGCCCUCAAUACCUAUAAUGCAACAAAUUGUGUCAUAGGCUUUCCCAUAAUUGUGUGGCAUUAUUUGAGCCGAUUUUCAGAAUGGCUUUACGGUCUGAACAAGUUUUUAAGACGCGGUUACAACUUUGCUGCUGCGUUGAUAACUCUUCUCACUGCCAUCCAGACUUGUUAUACAAUACUCAGCUAUCAUUAUCCAAAGAACAAUUACUUUUUCUUUAUCCAAUUUAUGUUAUUUAAAUGA